AUGAAUGGCGUUGCCCAUGAUAGUGACACGGAGAGGCUUCGAAAGGCCAUUGUGGUGAACUGUAGCCAGACACGGUAUCACGUGGUACGGGCGGCGGCCGUGGCACUGGGAUGGUACGUGGAAGAUGAGGGCCGUGAGGAGGACGUCCCUGUUGCUUUCCACGGGGUGGCGCUGCGGAGCGACAUGCGGCCGCUCACCAAGCGGCUUGCAUCCCGGGGCCUGUCGUACGACGCAGUCAACAGUCCGCAGAUUCAGUGGCUUGAUAAGAGCGUGAUACCGUCGCGUGUGGCUGCGUUGUCGUGUCGCCAUCGUCUGAACCACUUUCCCGCCAUGCACGUCGUCGCCCGGAAGGCGGUGCUGUUCAAGCGGCUGAUGCGGAUCCGACGGCAGCUGGAGGUGGCUUCGCCCCUCGCCGCGGCUAUGGGCGCCUUCCCCUGGAGUUUCGCCGCGCCGACGGAGGUGCCGCAGCUGGAGCGGUUUCUCCGUGACCGACAGCGGCAACAGCCACCGGGCGGCGAGCCCUUUUUUAUACUGAAGCCGAACAAAGGGUGCCAGGGGAAGGGAAUUGUUCUGACACCGGAGCCGCUGCAGGCGCUGGAGGCCCUGGCAGACAAGGGCGGGGAGGAUUGUCUGGUGCAGUUGUACGUGACGCCGCCCCUUUGUAUCGAGCGCAAGAAGUUUGAUCUUCGUGUCUAUGUGCUUUUGACGUCUGUUGUGGCCGGACGUCCCCCGCGCUUGCGGAGAGGAACGCCGCAGCCGCUGGGGCCCGAGGCGCGUGCCGGUCACGCGGGUCUGCUUGACGGACUGCAGUUGUUUGUCCAUCGCGAGGGUCUGGUGCGCAUCUGCGCGGAGGCAUACGCCGCCCCGAGCAGAAGCAACUGCGAGCGGGCAAGUGUGCACUUAACGAAUUACGCCGUCAACAAGAACGCAGAGGGAUUUUCUGUGGGGGUUGCGAAAGCGACGAGUAACGGCGCUGUGUGUGAGGGCAACAAGCGGGACUUUAAGUUUCUGCAGCACUACAUCGACGCACUGCCGGGCAAUGGCUACAGCGAGGACUCCGCAGACGAUGCUGCCGCCGUGACGCGCUGGGAGCGUCUGCUGCGCCGCAUCGACGUGUGCAUCAUGCUGACUAUGCUCUCCGGGUUGGAGGAGCUGCAGCGGGAAUUCGUCGGCACCGGCGCAUCACGAGGCUCACGCAGUGAUGGGCGCAACUGCUUUGAACUGCUUGGCUUCGACUUCAUGCUGACGGAAGAUCUGGCGCCUGUGCUCAUGGAAGUGAACCACUCCCCGUCUCUCUUCUGCGACUCCUUGUUUGACUUUGAGACGAAGCGCCGUGUGGUGAUGGACGUCUUCCGGCUGUUGGAGCCUCACGUGCCGUCCCUCGAGGCCUGCGACGCCGCCGCGUACGCGGCCUACCAGGCGACACCGCACGCAGACGCCAGUUACGAGGCAAUUGGUUUUAGACAGAUUUCUCCGCAGCGCAAUUCUGCCGCCAUCGCCACCACCGCUGCUGCAUGUGGUGGUAGUGGUGCUGGCCUGUGGAGCCGGGAGGAGGGGCGCAUGUUUGAGGAGAUGCUGCAGCGUGCCCGGGGUCGGUGA